ACAGGAUGGUCACAGAUGAUAAGAAACAGUAUGUUUAACAACAUGAAUAUGGAGGGUUUGAGUUCUAUGGGUACAUCAUUAGCCAGCAUGGACAGUGUUAUCAAAGAUGGAGUGCCUGAUACUGCUAAUAACAGUAUACCAUACAAAGCAAAGAUCUUUGAGCAUUACAGUACUGAAGGAUCUUCAGUGAACAUGGGUAAUUUCAAGGCUCAGUGCAAAUACUGUUUGCUUUAUAUUUCUGCUUCUACCAAGACCACAUCUAACCUCCUAACACAUUUAAAGAGAAAACAUAAAGAGCAAUAUUGUGCCUACCUAUCAUCUUGUAACCGAAGCCUGCAGCCUAUCAACAAGAACAGACCAAAAUUUAAGGUUCCGGGACUAACAGCAGAAAGAAGAAUUCUAUCGAAAAAUUCCUCAGGAUCAGUGUCCCAAGCAGAGGCGAUGCCAUUUUUCAGGACGAUGGAUUCUUCUAAUAUCGGCAUUAGCAACAAUAUAAUUCCAAGUGGAAUUAAUAUUUCUAAUGUGUCCAGACAAGUAAUGUUUUCUGAAGUUGCUAGCACGGCCACCUUGCCAGCAUCUUCUAACCAGGCUGCCAGUAGUGUCUCAAAUUUCAUUCCUCCAUAUAUGCGCAGGAUGUACCAUAGCAACCCGCUGACCUCUAGUUGUAGUAGUCAAGAUCUCCAAAUGCCUCAGGCUAAUGGGGGCAGCAGACAACCAGAAAUUACACAAAGUGGCAUUACCGCUGCUGAUGAUAUAAACAAGAGCAGUAAAGGAAAGUUGGAAAAGACAUUAGCAGAUGCUGUUGUGUGCUUAUUGGCUGAGAAUCUGAUGCCAUUCAAAGUUUUAGAAACUGAGAGCUUCAAAGAAUUUGUUAAUGUUAUGAAUGCUUCUUGUAUGCUGCCAUCUAAACUAGAAUUGACUUCAACCUACUUUCCAAACAAGCAAGAACAAUUGCAAUUAAAUAUUACUCAGAAACUAAAUAAUAUUCUCUCAAUCUGUAACACCUUUGACAUGUGGUCCCACAAAGGAUACUCAUUUGUGGGAAUGACAAUUCAGUUUAUAAGCGACUGGAAAGCAUACACAGCACUUCUGGCCUGCAAACGUUCACAGGUUAGAUUUACUAAUGAAGAGGUUCUUCAAUUCUACCAAGAAACAUUGUAUGAAUUUAAUCUGUCAGACAAGGUGGAGAAUGUCAUUACAGGUAGUACCUUCAAUGAGAUAAAGUCUUUGAAGGUGGAACUGCCAGGAUUUGAAGGAAGCAUUGAUACUUUAGAAAAUGAAAAUAAUAUAGAAGCUAACUCUGUGUUUCAUUAUAACCCGGACCAGUUUAUUGUUAUUCCUGAGAGAUUACCUUGUUUUGCCAAAACACUCCAACACUGUGUUCUAGAUGGAAUGGAGGAACUUGACGAAUUGAGAGAAGUUCUUAGUAAAGCUUGCUCUUUUCUUAAUGCCAUUGAAGCAUCAGAUAUUUCAGAAGAAAUUCUGGCAUCUAGGCCAACAAUCGGAAAAAAUAUUGUCGUUCCAUGGCACUUCCAACUGAAGAAACUGAAAUGGCUGCUGAGUUUGCCAGAAAAAGUAAUCAUGGCGUACUCUCAGCAGAUUUCACUGACGCCUAAAGACAGAUUAAUUUUACGGGAAAUUAUUGAAGUGUUGGAACCAUUUGAGGAUGCUACUGACUAUAUUCUUAAGAGUAGCACUGCCUCAGUAAGUUAUGUGAUCCCAUGUAUUCGGGGCUUGCAACACUUCCUACAGACGACAAGAGUACAACAUGUGACAAAGAUGGUUCAGCAGUUAAGCCAAUCAACCAUAACAUGGUUUGCUUCCUAUCAGUUUAACGAUACAUACUUACUAGCUGCAGUACUUGAUCCACGCUUUAAAUGUAACUGGUGUCAGGAAAAUGAUCUUAUAAAAUGCAUGCAGCUUCUUGAAGAGAAAGGAAAUCAAAUAAAUUCUUGUUUGCCAAAUGGAGUAACCAUUAAGAUGGAGGAGGCAGAAUCUGAAUCUACUCCAUCAAAAAAAAUGAAACUCUUUGAUUUCAUGACAGAAGGACCUGACAAAGCAUCAAGUUCCUCGGUCUCUCUAACACAAGAGAUAAAGAACUACAUCCAUGCAAGCAAUGUAAGUCUCAAUACAAGUACCUUAGACUACUGGUGCCAGAACAAAGACACAUACCCAACUCUAGCAAAGAUUGCUCAGAAUGUCUUAUGCAUUCCUGCAAUCUCAUGUAAGGCUGAAGAGAUGUUUGAAUCAGUAGAACAGAUCCUGCAACAGAGUGAUCAUCACAAUACGUCUGCUAAAACUUUUGAAGACUUGAUGUUUGUACAUUGUAAUAUGAAAACUUUCACUUCAAACACUUGAACUGUAUUGAAUGUUGUAAUUAGAUUUUAGAAAGUAGCACUCCAAAAUUUUGACAAGUAUUAUGUCUACAUUAUACAUGCCAUCAUAAGACUAUUUAUUUGCCAUUAACAUCUUACUUAUGAUUAUUACUGACCUUAUAAGUGGCUGGUAAUUGCCAAAAAUACAGGUAAUUUAAAAAAAUGAAAAAUUACAGUAAGAACAUAAAAUUGCAAAAAAACUUUUCCCUCCCCCCUACCCCACAUUAAAGAUAUACCUUAUUUCUGGGCUACAAUAGCUAAACAGUAUUCAGUUUUUUAGAAAGUUUAUGUUGAAUUUAGAACUAAAUAAAUAUUGAAUAUUUUUUGUAAACACACAGUACAUACCUAUAAAUUAUUACAUACGCGAGGUCUCACCACAAAAUGACACGCAUCGUUGGUGAAAUCAUAUUGAGAUAUUACACCAAA